AUGGCUACCCCUAGUGUCCUCGCUUUUGAUGCUGAGGGACGGGCCAUUGACUUUGAGGUCUGGGUAGAUGACCUGCAGCUGUUCUUACAGUGCGAUAGGGCAGACGGCCUCUCUCUCUUUGACCUCACCUCUGGCGCUUCCCCUGCCCCUGCUGCUGAUGCUGACGCCACUGUUCGUUCCCAGUGGGCCACGCGCGACGCUGCUGCACGUCUUGCUGUGCGUCGCCACCUCCCUACCUCCGAGCGUGCACACUUUAGUCAGUACAAGAGUGCUCAGACCUUGUACGACGCUGUAGUUGCACGCUACUCCUCCUCUGCCACUGUUGCACUGAGCCUCACCCGACUCCCCGACUCCCUUAGAGUAGUCAAGGACCACUUCCUCGCAGUGUGCCCCACCACUCUCACCAUUGACCUCCUCGAGAAGUCCCUCCUAGCGGCGGAGAAGAGCAUAGUCGCUGUAGGAGCCUCUCGUGGCGACCCCCGCACCCCUGUCUUUGAGGGGUGUUCUCCCUCCCCUCUCUUGCCCUCUGUUGCUUCUGCUGCUGCGGCCGACCUCGUUGGUUUCGAGUCGGUCGGCGCUGCGUCUGCCCCUUCGGGGAAGCGCCGCACAGGCAAGGGCAAGGGGGGCAAGGGCGCUGGAGGAGCUGGCGGGGGCGGUGGAGGUGGCGGUGGAGGCGGCGAAGGGAGUGGGGGUGGUGGUGGGAGUGGUGGAGGGGGUGGGGGUACCGGUGGCAGCAGUGGAGGCGGAGGCGGCGGCGGUGGCGGAGGGAGCGGAGGCGGUGGUGGUAGCGGAGGCGGCGGUGGUGGCGGAGGCGGCGGUGGUGGCGGAGGCGGCGGAGGCGGCGGAGGUGGCGGUGGAGCUGGUCGCGGGUCUACGCAGAGGAGUGGCUGCGGUGGUGGUCCGCGCCAGCAGCAACAGCGCGGUCGUGAGACCUUGUCCCCUCAGCAGCUCCGUGAGUGGUACACCGCACGCCAGCGGGGUGGGGGUUUUGGUCCGUGCACCUACGUCCUGCGCACCGGCGGCCGUGCGGGUGAGCAGUAUGGGGGUGCGCACCCCACCCAGCGCUACUUUGGCCGCCUGACGGACGCGUGGCGUCACCAGUUCCAUGAGGCCACAGAGAUCCCUCACUGGGGCGAGCUGUCUAGGGCGGGAGUUGCCAUCUAUGAUCUUGAUUUUGAUGCUAUUCUAUCUGCCAUGUAUUCAGUGACUAUUAGUGAUGAGGGUGACUAUUACCGGCGUUUCCCGCCCGAUCCGGGCAUUGAGACUGCUGCUCUAGGUACUAGUGCGGCUGCUGCCCUAGGUGCUUGCAACGCUGCUGCUCUAGGUGCUAGUGCGUCUGGUGAGUCUGCGCUCUCAGAUACUGCGUCAGCUUCGGCCUCCCUCACCUUCACCCUUGACUCUGGGGCUUCUUGCUCCUUCUUUCGGGACCGCACCACACUCACGCCGCUUAGUCGGCCGGUUGCCGUGUCUUUGGCUGACCCCUCGGGGGGUCCUAUCCUGUCUCACUUCUCCACUGUCCUCCCGUGUCUGGCGGCUCCCUCUGGCACCCUGUCUGGUCUCUACCUCCCCUCGUUCUCUACGAACUUGGUGAGUGGUGCUGACCUACAGGAUGGGGGAGUGCACCAGUUCACUCCUGCGCGUCAGCGAGUGACGCACUGCACAGAGGCUCGCACAGGCCGACACUUGGCUACAUUUACACGUCAGCCGGGGUCGAGCCUGUACACACUGAUCACUACGUCUCCUCCAGUUGCUGAGUCUGGUAGGGUAGCUGCGUCAGGUCCCUCCCUCGGGGCCGUUCGGGGCCUCUAA